AUGGCACAGUUUGAAGAGGACGCAGCAAUGGUCGGUGGUGGUGAGAUGAAGACCGGCAAAGCAGCCAUUGCCGAGCGAAAAAAGAAAAGGAGAGAAGGACAAGUGAAAAAGGAUAAGCACGCGAACAGUAUCGUUAUCGCAUGCGUGAAAAGGCUCCUACCGGUUGGCCUGAACGUCUUCGAGAACUUGGAUAUCGUACAGCAGUCCAAAGAACGAUUUUUGCAAAAGGAAAACGAGGAUAAAAUACGGGAAUUUAUCAAAGGAUUACUAGAAAUUCCUGUGAAGACCGACCCUACCGACAAAAACGCCUGGCAGCUCUCGCUGUAUAGGAAAAUCGGCAAGAGCCAAAUGAGAGGGAAAAGCGAAAUGACGCAAGACGCAGUCAUUGAAAAAAUAUUCAACAUGGGUCAAGUGUCCGCCAUCCUGCACACGACGGAGCAUCCGCAGCAGCAGCUUUCGCAGGCUUGGAAAAAAAUGGUCUCCACGCAGCGAAAACGCGCCGUGGUCGCGUGCUUCCGCAUGGUGCCGUUGUACGGAAUGACAAGUCGCUUGGAAAAAGAGGAUAAAUGGAAGAAAGUGCUGACACUACAGCGUAAGAGAAUGGCCAUUUCAUUGAUCACUGCUUCUCACCUUUACAAAGUCGAAAGACAUCGUGGUAUAAACUUCUUUUUGCCGGCGUUCUCCGUCCUAUGGUUAGCGGAAGAAGACGUGGGCCAAGAUAAACUGAUCGCGGAUCUAGUACGGGUUUGUUCCGAAGAGGACAUUCCUCUCACUCAGAAAUGUGUCCAGGACGGCGUACUUGUUCCGGAAUCCGAAAGUCGCGAUAGCGAGUCUCCUCCGGAUCCACUGAAACAGCUGAUUCGCUGUUUCCAACGUGCCGCCACCAGUGAGGAGAGCCAAGCAGCACCAAUUCAUGACGAUAAUCUUUAUAUUCGUUUCGCCGACGUGAUGUCGCAAUCCAUUCACAUCGAGGAGGAAGAUGGUGACGACGGCGACGAUGCGGAAAUCGACCAAGCGCAAAAAGAAGAGCAGUCGCAAGCGCUCCGCGCUGAACAAGGUGUACUGGCGGAUCGAGGCGCAGCGAUCAUGUGUCUCAUGUACUUGUCAGCAAGCAAUGGAGAACCCAACGAUAUGGUCGCCCGAACCCUCGAACUCGGUAUCCAUCUGCUCUCCGGCGGAAACGUUGACAUUCAGAGGAUGCUGAUCGAAUACCUUCAACUGAAAAGGGAUGUGCGCUUCUUCACUUCAAUGGCCGGUCUUAUGAGCAAAUGUUCGGUGCUGAAUCUGGAGAUGUUCGAGCGCCAAAUCAAGGCUGAAGGUCUUGGCAUGGGAGCGGAACUGGCCUCUGGUGGUAAUCAGAAUCUGAACGACGCCGAUUUCACCUGUUCGUUGUUCCGAUUCUGCAAACUCACUUACUUCCAAAACUACCUUCGAACACAACCAGGUCACACAACAAGUGUGAAUCUUAUCAACAGUACGGUAGAUUAUCUCCUCCGCCUUCAAGAAUCGGUUAUGGACUCUACCUGCCACUAUCAGCAGGAAGUAAUUGACGAAGGAGGAAAAGAAUACUUCCUACGAGCGAUUCAAGUAUGCAGUCAGGUGUUCAACACGCUCACUGAAAGCAUUCAGGGGCCAUGCGUUGGCAAUCAGAUGACAUUGGCGAACUCACGUCUCUGGGACGCUAUCAACGGUUUCUUCUUCCUUUGUACAAAGAACUCCACCCAACUCGAAUUGUUGCGAGAGUUCUUAAAUCUCCAAAAGGAUAUGAUUGUUCUGAUGCUCUCCAUGCUUGAAGGAAACGUUCUCAAUGGGCCGAUCGGAAAACAAAUGGUUGACGCGUUGGUCGAAUCACAACCGUCUGUCGAGAAGAUUCUCAAAUUCUCAGACAUGUUCCUGAAGCUGAAAGACCUGACAACGUCGCAAGCAUUCCAGGACUUCGACACAAAUCGAGAUGGAUGGAUCAGUCCAAAAGAAUUCCAGCGUGCCAUGGAAAGUCAGAAGAUGUACACA